AUGGACUCUCACCCCCCUGCCGAUAUUGCAGAAUCGGUCAAACACCAGAAAAGAAUCACGAUUGCUUUUCUGGCCAUGGCAUGGUUCUUCGUCCUCCUGAGGAUAUGGACUCGCACGUUUAUCAUAUCGGGUUUUGGCUGGGAUGAUGGCACCAUGCUACUUGCUGGGAUGAUGUUUACUGUGUACUGUGCGACAACUCUUUUCAUCGACGCUCACGGCGCCGGCACAGUCAUAACAAGCUUCGACCAGCUGAAACUACUGACAAAGUGCAUGACCAUCGCCGAAACCUCGUACGUCGUGACCAUGAUGAUCGUCAAAAUAUCGCUGGCCAUCUUCUUUGCCCGCAUCGUCAUCAAGCCCUGGCAUGUGAACCUGAUCAAACUCGCCCUUUGCAUCAGCAUCACAUCGUCAGUCUCCGCCUUCUUCUACAGCAUUUUCCGCUGCGGCCCGAAUUUGGACGACUAUGCCAUGCGACAAAUACUCCAGCAAUGCUCGAACCUCCCCCUGGACCUCUUCAUGGCCUACCAGCAAGCUGCGUUCAACACCCUCACAGAUUUGAUCUUUAUUGCCAUGCCCGUCCUUGUCCUGUGGAAUUCUCAAAUGAAGCUACGAACAAAAAUACCCAUUUGCGCUAUCUUGUUGAUAGCCACACUCGGCACAAUCUGCUCCAUGAUACGCUUCAAAUACGUCAGCGGUAUCCUUAAGACCAGCGACUUUUUCUGGCAUGCCGUCCACAUCUCCCUGUGGAGCACAGCCGAAGCCGGUUCCUGCAUCAUGGCCGGAUGCACCGCGACACUGCGCCCACUGUUGAAAAUUAUCAUCGACCGAACGCAAAUGUUGACACCAAGCUCCAGCUACAAAUCGGCGGUAUCAAGCUUUGUAAAAAACCGCCAUCGCUCAAAGCGCCAUUCAAUGCGCAUAGCGCGCCUCUCAGAGUCCGAUCUCCUUUACUCGGCCGCUGACGACAAGCGGGCAGGCUCCCAACUCACAACGCAGCCAGCGUACAUCGAGCUUGUCGCCCAGCCUCCCGCCGCACACAUCGCGCCACCAUCUAGGGCUAUUGGCAAAAGCGCACGAGCAAGCACGUAUAGUCCACAUGUGCAACAACAUUUGCAAUCCAAGCCGUCCUCUUCUUCGCUACCCUGA